ACUUUUCAACAUAUGACCGCUCCCAAAUGCACAGAUCAUCGUGAAUGUUAUUAUCCCUGCUGCGUCGAACACAAGAUCUCUGUCGAUCAGUCUUUGCAAAGCCAUGUGGUCAGCGAGGAUACUAUACGGGGCCAUCGCUGCCUUGGAAACAAAUAUUCCCCCCGGCAUAAGCAAAAGCAGGGAUUACUUCUAGCUGGGAGCGCAGAUGAGCACAUUUCCCUGUCAGUUAUGAAACGACGGAGUUCCGUAUGCAAUGCCAGCUCUUCUGGUCCGAAGCGAACCGGAUCUUGACAGACCUUCCUAAAACAGUACGAGAAACUGCCAUCGGCC